AUGCUUUUCGUCGCCAUAAUCUACGCAACUCUAUGGAUUUGCUCUACCGACGCUGGGACCAUCCCAACAAUUCAAGUCGACGACUUGCCAUGGCCACUCGUUUCGUCCGAGAACGACUACCAGCUCCUUUCGGACAGCAAUCCAGCUCCAGAGGGUGACAAUGUUGGAACCACUGUAGCUCGCACUAAUCAUGGUUUUACUACUCUUGACAAUGUAAAUCCCAAGCUUGAACAAGAUAUUUCUCGGCGUGGUGAUCAAUAUACAAAAUACUGCUGUAAGGACACAGGGUGGUCUUGGAAAGAAACUAAGUGGAUGUGCGGGCACUAUGCAGCCAGCGUAACGAAAGAGAUCCCGAUCAUUGGGCACACGUGUAACCGCGUGGCAUGCUAUGAUGAAGCAGAGAUAAUAGUUUGUAACGACGAACUAUUUGCGGUCCGGCCUACUGCUGCGGAUAUAUCCGAUCGCAUUGAAAGUAUCCAGAAACAAUGCAGCUUCACAAAGAAAGAUGGUACUCAUGUCUCAUGCGGUCAGGAAUUUGAUCCUCACAAGAAGUAUAAUGUUAUUCUAAGGCUUGGAGAUAAAAACAGUUGUAAGACUAAAACGAAGCAGAACCCAUGUCAGGCAGAUGCUCUCUGGAAUUUUGAAGCUCUGCAUGGGGGUUCCUAA